GAAUUCCUUUACAUGUAUCAAAAUACGAUCAGUUCGAAAUUGACCAUUCUCGUGCAUGGUUUAGUUAAAUUUGUUUUUGAAAGUGAAGUGUAAAACAUUUGAACAUGAUUGUUGAUUUUUAUGAGAAUUGUGAAAUUUUUAUAACCGGAGGAUCGGGUGUUGUGGGAAAAGCAAUUAUUGAAAAAUUACUCCGAUCAUGUAAUGUGAAAAAGAUUUACAUCUUGCUGAGACCGAAAAAAGGUGCACCUUAUGAUAUUCGUUUGGAGGAAAUUAAAAAAUCUAGAAUAUUCAAAGUCCUUAAAGAAUGCAAGCCCAACGAAUUGAACAAACUUGUGGCUAUACCUGGAGAUAUUAAAGAAGAUAAUCUUGGAAUCCCAGCAGAAUAUCUAGAUCAAUUAAAAAACGUAUCGAUAUUCUUUCAUUCAGCUGCUUCAACUCGAUUCAAUGAUCCACUUAAGACUGCUAUUAGUUUAAACCUUAAAUCAACUUAUGAGGCUUUAAAAAUUGGAGAAACAAUGACAAAUUUGAAAAUUUUCCUACAUGUUUCAACUUAUUUUAGUAAUCCAAAUUUAGAGUUAGUAGAAGAUAAGGUUUAUCCUGCUGCGUUUGAUUGGAGAACUGCACUCAAAAUUUUGGACCUAGAUGAUCGUGAUCCAACUUUGGAUAUAAUAACAAAUAAAGUUAUAACAGGAUUUCCAAAUACUUAUAUAUUUACAAAACACUUAGGAGAAAAACUUGUUGAUGAUUUUCGUCCCAGAAUUCCAGUUGCCAUUUAUAAACCUUCUAUAGUAAUCGCUGCUUGUGAUGAUCCCGAAGAAGGAUUUACAGAAACAAUGACUGGUAUUAUGGGUCUAAUGACAAUUUGGGGAACAGGCCUAUUACAAGCAUUUUACGUUAAAAAUUUUGAAACUGCAUUGGAUUUUACACCUUUGGAUUUGGGUACAAAAACUGUUCUUAUAUUUACUGCACUCAAAGGACAGCUGCCAAGAGAAAAACUUCUUGAAGCUACACCAGUUGGAAAAUUUUCCUCCCUUGCAAUGGUAUAUUCCCCGCUAUGUGAAUACAUCAAAACCACUUCCGAAGCUGUUUACAAGUUUCCUUUAGAAAAAUCAUUUUGGAUACCAAAUGUCACAGUUACAAGUUGUAUAUUUAUUUACUGGAUUGUGGUGAUAUUUUCCCAAUUGAUUCCUGCAAUUUUGAUAGAUUUUAUUUUAAGUAUUUUUCGAAAGAAACCAUUUAUGAUGGCGAUUCAAAGAAAAAUUUACUUAACUAGGCAAGCUCUAUCGUUUUUCAUAGAUAAUGAGAGUAGAAGUGAUGGAAUUACAGAUGUCCAUGAAAUGCGUAAAAUUUCUAAAGGAACGGAUUUUGAUAUUGGAGCACUUUUCGAAUACGCAAAGUCAAAAGAAAGGGUUAAACUACUUAUUCAUGGUAAUGUGAGGGGAUGCAGAAAGUUCCUACUAAACGAACCUGAUUCGAGUAUUGAAAGAUGUAGGAAAAUAUUAAGAGCAAAAAUAAUGGCUUAUAACGUUUUGAAAGGAAUUGUUGGAUUUUUUAUUGGUCGAGCGAUAUAUGAACGGACGAUUAAUUAUCUACACGAAAAUCAAUUAUUUAAUUAUUAAUCUACUUUUAAAUUAAUUUUAUUAUUAUACAUUAUGAAUAAACAUUUAUACCUAUUAUUAAACAGAAAUAUAUUUAUAUCAUUAUAUUUUGGAAUCAAAAUUAAACAAAAAAUUGAAAGAGUGAA